UAUCAAUUUCAAUUCAUAUCUUUUUCAGUUAUUGUGGUGUAGUGUGGUUAUGAUAAGUCUACUUAUAUGAAAUGGAACACUUUAUUUUAUUUGACGUUGAUUAGGCCUAACAACAAGCCGAUAGGCCUAGAUUAUUAUAAAAUCAGUACUGUACAGCUAAAUACAGUGUGCGGGAUACCUUGAAUCAUGUGAAGUGAGCAUAGAAUCUGAGAACAGAACAGAGCAUUUAUUGUUAUUGAUACAAUUUGUUGUUAUUUUAAAAUAGGUUAACUUAUUUAUACUUAACCUUUUUGUAUUGGUUAAGAAAGUAGCCUUCAUUUAAUUAUUCAUUCCCAAGUUGGAAAACUCAUUUAUAAUAUAAAAAACAUGGCUACUGCUGAGAAGCUGCAUGAAUUAAUUCACAUCAACUUGGAGUGUCUUCGAGACAGCGGACACAAAAUUGAUUUUGAAGAGGGAAUGUUCCGGCAGCCCAAUCAGUCCAAGUUUGAGAAAGUGGCACACGCACUGCUCUUGAUUCUGGAUCCUGUGGAAUGUAACAAGACCAUUCCAUGGCCUCUCCUUGAAGAUAAGUCCUUGAGGAGUGAAUUCCGCAACAAGUUCGUCAAAUUCAUCAAAAUGAUCAAUUCAAAAUAUCCACAAGCUGAUAUUCCAGAGAUUCAAGCUUCCAGGUUGCAUUUUCCUGGGGGUUUGCACUUCCUUCAGUUCAUGUACAAGUUGUCCUCCUUCGCCGUAUGGUUAGAAUUGACGAGAUUGUCAAGUCCUCAAGAAAUGGAAGAGCUCUUGCCAAAGUUUCGUCCAUCCAAGUUGCCAAAGGACAAUAUGGUGAAGUUAAAAAUCGUGAAAGGCGCUCAUCAGGAAGCUCAGUGCAAUCUGCAGCAAGUGACAGAAUACCUGGACACUGCACUUCCACUCAUGCAGAAUUUAGAAAGCCAUGUUGAGAAAUUGUGCUCCAAAAACCUGGUAGCGACCAACCAGUUGAAGAACCAUGUCGCAAGUCUAGACGUAGAUGAUGAGAUUAAAGAGCAGCUUAUCGAUAUUGAAAAUGCUGAUGCAAUGAAAGAUUGGAACGCGAGGACAAACGAGAAAGUGGCAGAGCUGAAAAAGCAAGCUGGACGGCUGGUUCAGCUGAGGGACCUGACUGCUGAGUGCAAGCGGAGGAAGGCAGCAGCUGCCAAGACUUCCGAGGAUCUGUGUCUGGACGGUACGAAGCUAGCAAUCUCCCCUGCACUCGCUGAGAUGGUGGCCUCCCCUGUGUACAACAGCAGUGGAGAUGUGAGACUGGCGGCGGUGCUGAAGGCGGGGCAAGCGUGGGCGGCGGGCAUGGUUUCGGAAACUCCUACCACGUCCUCACUGCUCCCCGAAGUUCAGGAGCUCCUGAAGCAGUACCGUGAACUGCAGGCGCGGGCUAUCAACCUGACCGCUGCCUUAGACACGUGUUGCAAUCAGAGCAGAAGAGUCAUCAGCAAACUGCGACCCAUUGUAUAUGCAUACAUCAAGCAGAAACAAGCUCCGGACCACUUCAAGUACCUGAGAGCCCCCCCUACACUUCAGUUUGCUAAACCCAUUUCGCCCUGCAAACCUCCAUCAGCUGUCAAAAAAGAUAAACGAAGGCGGUGGUCGGAUAUAGUGAGGAAGAAGAAGAGCCACAGGAGGGUUGUGUGCUCUGUCAAGUGGAAAAGGUCCCAGGUGUCGAUUUUCGACACUCCUUCCUCCAAGGGGUUCCGGCAUCCGGGUGUAGCUUCCAGCAUAAAGCGAAGCACCCGCCACAGCAUUUCCCAGUCCCGUAUUCCAACCCACCUGGCUACAUUGCCCCGCCGCCCCCACCUGGCUACAUUACCCCACCGUCCCAGCCAAGUAGGAACAUUGCCUCGCCACUCAACGGUCUCCGCCACCUCCACCCCUGCACUCACUUGCCGGAAAUCUCUGUACGGACAGCUCCCCACAGGGGCCGAAAACUGGAAGAGGUAA